AUGACAUCAAACCAAAAUGAAAGAAAGUUCCCAGAAGAAGGACAGAAAGGAGUAAAAGAAAAUGAAAAUAAAGAAGAAAAUGUAAUUCAAUUUAUAUAUAAUAAAUUUAACGAACUUAAAGGUCAAUAUGAAAUUAUUCCAAAAGUGAAAGAUGAAAGAAAAACAAAAGAAUUAGAUGAUAAUGGUAUUAAGGUUAAACAAAGAAAUAAAACAUUGGAAACAUUUAAAAUUAUUAAACAACUAGAAGAAUGGAUAGAAAAAAGAAUAAACGAUAUAUUAUUUGAUUCAGAUAUUGAUGGAUGGAAUAUUACUACAUCAGUAUUUGAUCAAAGAUUAAUGAAUAAAGAGAAUCUAAUAAUUCUCAUUAAAGAUACAGAAGAUAAUCUUUUUGGAGGAUAUGUUCAUUCUAAAAUUGAUAACAAUUGCCCAAAUUCAUUUUUAUUUUCAUUAAAGAUAAAAGGAAGAAUAAAAGGAAUGAAGAAAUUGAAGAUUCAGAAUAUGCAAUUUAUAUAUUCAAAAGAACAGAUGAUAGUUUGUUUUCAUUUGGAUAUAGUGGAAUAUUUGGUUGUCUUAGUGAUAUUUUUGUUUAUAAAGAAAAUAAUAAAACAAAUUCAUAUUGUUAUCAAGAGACAUUUGAAUAUAAAGGAAUAG